AUGCAAGCUGAAGCCAAAAUUUCACCCAAUAUGCCUCAAUAUGAUAACAUUUCCGAAGAUCUUACAAAUGUCAUGGAGGAACCAGCUACAAUCCAAAGAGAACGUAAAGACCUCUAUCAUCCCACAAGUCCAAACGGUGUUCCCGAUCUCCGCAGUCAGCAGUGGGUGUUCCUCUUGCCAGGUGCGCUUAGGGACGCAGAGCGUGCUCGCAUCGACCGAGACACAUGGCGCAUCGUAAAUGGAAUGUCCAAAUGGCUCGUGAGAACCAAACCUGGGACUGCCACUGUGCGCUCCCACUCAGUGCUCGCCACAAGGUGUCCUGGUCUGUCAGCUCGGAUUGUGAAAAGCAUUGUGAGAUAUAUGCAAAGGCGUUGUUAUACACAUGCUUUUCUUUGGUGGAAAAGUGAGCAAAACAUGAACCUCAGUCCGCCCAGUUUUGGUCUCAAGAGAGGAGGAAGUUUUAACUUGCUGAAUUGUUUCUAUUCAUCUGGCAGGUUUUGUGACUUUAGGAUUUAUGCCUUUAAUGACCGGCUCUUUUCUUUUGGAUGGCGGCAUGCUAGGUUUCUAAAAGUUUGGUUUGCAAUUGGAGUUGCUUUCAGUUUUGUGGCGUUAAUUGGAUCUAUAAUGAUACUAUUAUGGGAAUUAGCUGGAAAUUUUCAUCUUGGCAGAGAAAUUUCUGUGCAUGAUCAUCGUUCAGUGAAUUGGUUGUUCGGCACCACUUCCUUGGUUCCUGGUUUGAGCCUAUCUGUCAUGGACACUGUCAUCAUUGUCUUCUCUACAUUAUUUUCUGUUGCUAUUCAUGAACUUGGUCAUGCUAUUGCUGCUGCAAGCACAGGUUUACAAAUUGAGUACAUUGCCGUAUUCUUGGCAAUCAUAUUUCCUGGAGCGUUGGUUGCUUUUAAUUAUGACGUGCUGCAGAGUUUACCUCGUUUUUCUAUGCUUAGAAUAUAUUGUGCUGGCAUUUGGCUUAAUGCAGUGGAAGAAUCCUGCAUGAAACCGGUUCUCAUCCCCAGUAUGUCGUGGGUUGAGGUAUCUUAUUCAAGCCCAUACACUCCCCAGUGUUCAAAGCCAAAUGAAAAGAUGGCAACUGCAGAGCUAUGA